AUGUUGGUUGCGAAUAGUUUCGAUUUAUGGCAGAAGGACACCUUCUUCUCUGCCGCCGAGGAGGUUCAGUUAUCCGCCGACAUUAUGGAAUCCGCUUACAGGACAUGGCUCAGAGCAAGGAGAGAGAGCUCCAUGUCUCAGCAGUUGGACGAACUUAGUCGAGAGCUUCAAAUGGCUUUAGGCACUACCAAAUGGCAGUUGGAAGAGUUUGAGAAGGCUGUUCGUCUAAGCUACAGAAAUAACAGUGACGAUAUUACAAUCACCCGACAUAAGCAAUUUGUUUCUGCUAUAGAAGGCCAAAUUUCGCGUGUUGAAACAUCACUGAAAGAAUCAUUGGACAUGAAGGGAAAGAAACCAUUUCGGUGGGUAAAUUUGGACGAACAAGAAUGUGACGACUUGGCUCUUUUUCUUUCUGGGACUUCACGGAGAAUAAAAAAUGAAGGCAUAAAUAUGGAUCCUGUGGAAACUAGCUCAUUUAGUACGGAAGGAGAUUGCAGUUUUGGCUGUGAGGUUAAUCCCAGAAGUCAUAGCCUUGCAAGUAAUGUGGAUCUUAACUGCGAGCUGCAGAAGGUGCACUCUCAUGUGACAGCAAAUGAGACCGGCUAUGAAGUGGAUCAAGCUGUUAGGGUUUCACCAGAUAGGACGGCUUUAGAGAUUGUCAUUGAUAGUGAUGAUCGAGACAAGAAGGCGCUUAUAGAAGUAACACCCAAGGAGAAGGGUUUCAAGCCUUUCUUUUGGAGACCAAGGGGCGAAAUUUAUUCUAUGAUGAAUUGGAUCGAGCAGCACGUGGGAGGAGGUCAUAGAAGUCAUCGACAACAACAAAUUUCACCAGUGCUGCCGCUGAAUUCUAUACGUUUCAUCUUAGCUUUGAUGCUAACCAUUUUUUUAGUUGUGCCCUUUUUAGUCUACUCAACUUAA